GCAAGUUGUCGGGCCUCACGGGUCGGAUCGGAACACUUUACACGGCCACACGGCUACUUGUUGAGCACUCGGAACGGCAGAAUUUGAGUGCAACCGUUGCAGGAGUGACGUUUGAGGCUAGAGGGCAACUGUGCGUCACGUUCGAGUAGUGCAUACGUUGCACGGUGAUAGAAACAUGGCGGCGGAACGGUACGAGCUCAACAUGAGCAUGAAGUGCGUCAAGUACAUGAUCUUCGUCAUCAGCAUAACGUUCGCAGUCGUCGCUGCGAUGCUCCUCUCGAUGGCUAUCGCCAUCGGUAACCUGUUUGACGAUUUCAAAAGCUUCAUCGACUCGCACUUCUUCGUGCCGCCGAACCUGCUGAUUGCGAUUGGCAUCAUCCUGCUCGUCAUUGCCCUGUUCGGGUGCGUCGGAGCACUCAAGGAGUGUACGGUUAUGAUCAACAUUUACGGAGUGCUGCUGGUCGCCGUGUUCAUCCUGCAACUGGCGGCGGCCAUUACGGCGUUCGUGCUCCGGGGCCAAGUGGAGUAUAUGGUGCGCCAGAAGAUUUUCAGCUCCAUGGCCGAAUACAAGGACAUCCCGGGAUAUCAUAAUUCCAUUGAUGCGCUUCAAAAUAUGCUCGAGUGCUGCGGGGUCGAUGGGUACACCGACUGGGCUAACUUCCUACCGAGGAUGACAGGGAGACCGAUUGAGACGACGACAGCCACGUACCAACCGUACGACGAUCUUACGAUGGUCGAGUACCCGGAAACGUGUUGCUCGUCCGCUCCAGUCGAUGGACUAUGCACGCCGCGCCCGUACGGGUGCUACUCGCGCCUGGCAUGGAUCAUUUCCCAAGGGUCCGUGCUGAUUGCUACCGGUGCAACGGCGGUCGCGUUCGUGCAGAUACUGGGGGCCAUAUGCGCGUUCAUGUUGGCCCGAGCCAUCCGGCGCACCAAAACGCUGCGGGCCACCCGUCGCUGGCAUCUGCAGCAAAGUCUGGGCAUAAUGACCAAAACCAUGGAUCCGCAGUACACCGGGAUGGAGAAGUCCGAAGAGAACGUUGACCCGGACAAGUAUUUGCCCACCAGCCCCAGUGUUAAUUAAGGCGCACUAGAAUGGUGGAAUCUUUUGCGAUGGCCGGCGUGUGGCUUCGAUCAGUAUGGCUUAAUCGUACGGAAUGUAGUAUUUCAUUAUUACUUGAAAUAAAUGUGAUGUUAUAGAAG